GCAGGAGAGGAUGAGCGAUCACCAUUUGGAAAGGUCUGUCAACAUGACUAGCUCUCCGGAGAUUUCGGGCUAACACCAGACAACUCCACGUUGUCAGCAUGUGUGAAAACAGUAAGAGUUAGUGCCCAUGGACGAGUCCCGAAAAGUCACGUCGCCCUUGUUGUGCCAGGAGGCGGUCAGUCUCAUGAUCUAUGGCACCAUUGGAAUCAUCAUCAUCUUGUUCCUCCCUUACUGGAUCCGGCAGCAGAUGGACCUCUAUUACCUCAAGUCCGUAGCGAGGCAGGCACGUGAGCGCUACAUGCAGCAGGUCACGGAGGAGUACAGGCAGUGGGAGCUCCAGGCACAGCGGGAGAUGUUCAAGAGUCAGCAGACGGAGUCACACAGUGAGCGGGAGGAGGAGCGUCAGCAAGAGUUUGAUGAGGAGGACACGCGUGACCCCCCGACUGCCCACGGCCUCGCCCACGAGCUCAGCCACGGGGACCAGUAGGAGACCAUCGGGUUCCCACAGUGCCAGAGAUAUUUGUCAUGACAAACUUUAGUCGCACCAACGGCUUGGAGUUUUUAUUUAACAUAAUAGCGAAUGAGCUAUUUGUGUUUCAUGUGUAACUAAUGACUAUCUAACAUAUAUAUUUGUUAAUAUUUGAUAGAACUGUUCGAGUAUUGGACAGGAAAUACAAAGACAUAACGUCAGCAUGAAUUCUAUAGUUCAAACAUCGUAUAUCAAAGUUGUAGUUGCGGUGAGAUGAAGACAAUCAUUAGCAUAACGGUUUAAGGCCGAAGGAUGUGGUCUACUUUAUUUACCUUAAACCUAUAUCAUCAUUUUAUAUACAUCAAUAAAAUAUAAUGUUCUA